AUGGAGCAUCCAUGUUUAUGUAUUAUAGAUCUCCGAUGGGUUGAGAACGAGGCUAAUGCAACGCUUAGAUGCAAAGAUAGCAUUGAUGGUUUCCUUGGUUCAGUUGACAAAGAUGGUUCCAAUUUGUUUGUGGAUUGGGUUAAUAAGAAUCAGGUUAAAGCUAUACUGGUUGUCGGCAUAUGUACGGAUAUAUGUGUACUGGAUUUUGUAUGUUCAGCUCUGUCUGCUCGAAAUCGCCGGAUGCUUACGCCACUCGAGGAUGUGAUUGUCUACUCCGGUGCUUGUGCAACUUUCGAUCUUCCGGUUCAUGUCGCCAAAGAUAUCGGUGGUGCUCUGGCUCAUCCACAGGAUCUUAUGCAUCACAUAGGUCUAUACAUGGCUAAGGGAAGGGGAGCCAGGAUUGUAUCAGAGGUCUCAUUUGCUGAUCAAUAAGAGACUUGUUCAUAAGAAAUCUAAGACUGCUGCAGAUGCUUACUGUACGUGAAUUGAAGCUCUGCAAUUAUACUAGG